UCGUUUUUUCAGCUAACUAUCUGCUGCCUAUAAGCGCUGCGUUUUUCCUAGCAAUGAACGGCCUCACUAUGCUGCUACCCUCCGAUCACUUGAGCCAACCGUCGAUCGGUCUCGCACUGUUCGGAACAAUGCUGAAAAGCGGCUGGGGAAUAUUUCCCUCCGUAUUAUUGCUUUACAUAGCAUUUGAGAAAAGACCGGCCUGGUUAGUUGCAGCCCUACAACAUCCGAUAUUGCUGGUUGCGUCCAAAUUAAGCUACAGCAUAUACCUGAUACAGUAUGCAAUAGUUUACACGGUGUACAAGCACAUCACCUAUCCGCUAGUGUAUAACAGUUUUACCAUUCUUCUCUUUACAGCAGCGAUCGUCAACAUCACGUUCUGUGUAGCAUUUUGUUACACAUUUUUAUUGAGCUUCCAUUUAAUUUAUUCCUCAAACAAAUCAUGGGCAAACCUAAAGCGAAAGUCUAAUUGUUUUUAACUUACUCAGCAAAAAUAGAAAUAAGGACGAAUUUAUACUUGGCCUGCCAUUUCUGGCUUUCUGUGACCUAAUUUUACCCGUAGUAAAGUAGUCAGCCCUACGCACGGGGAGGCGGUCAGGAUGGGA